GAAUUGAUCUGCUAAAAUUAAUUCAAGGUGGUCAGCUUGAGUCAGCAAACGUCACUUUUGUGUUGAUAAAUACGCAUAUUUUACCUUUUUAUUUCUCAGCAAAAGUAUAAUUGGACAAUGGAUGUAGAAUUCAAGAUUGCUUAUGGAGUUGCUGGAAGAAAUAUAUUGCAUUAUGCUGUGCAUUCUGACCUUGGGUUUGUAUGGACUGAUGGAGAAUGUGUUUAUCUGAGUGCAAUAACCGACAGUGGUCAUACGAUACCAUCAAUGCAUAACACAAAGACACUUGGAAAAUUCAGUGAGGUGACAGGAUGUUCUUGGAGUCAGUGUCAGACGUUAGGAACACACUACCUAGCUGUGCAGCACAAGACUUGUGUUGUUAUCUGGACAGUAGAAACAAGGAACUCUGCCAGUAAUCGUGAGUUCAAGAAAUUCUAUACAGUAGAGCACAGAGAGCAAGGAAGAGGAUGUGUAUGGCACCCAAGAAAGCCACUCCUGGUGGUAUUCACCAAGUCUCAAGUUGUCCUCUACAGCAUUCAGAAUGGUGAGACCAAUGUCCUGGACAAUGGACUGGACAUUAUCGCUGCAUGCUGGACACAAGAUGGACACCAUCUAGCCUUAGCUGAUGGCAACCAACUUCAAAUUUUUACAAUGGAUAAAGAGAAUGAGACGACAACAGACAUGCAGUCUACAUUGAUAGAAGGCAAUCUUGGUUCUGUAUGCUCCAUGAUACCCAUCUCAAAACACACCAUUGCUAUAGCAACUGAGCUACCUCUGCAGAAGAUUGUGACAGAGCUGUCAGCUGACCUGUUUUCACCAGAGACUUCAGUGAACGAGUGCAAUAAGGAGGAUGUACAGAACGGUUCCCAUUCUGUGGUGCGUGAAAGCAGGGCCUGUGUGCCCGUCACUCAUGACCAUCCUGAUGGCCAUGCCUUGGUUUAUGACUUGAACUUGGAAGCAAAUUGUGACCUGGUGAAACUUCCCAUCAAAAGGAAUGUGGAAAUUUGUUCAUCAUUCAUCAAACAAAGUACAGAAGGGGACAUUGGUUCAUUGGAAUCUGUCAUCAAUGGUCACCAGAACAACUCCUCUGCAAAUGCUGACAAGUCUAAUGCAAGCAGGAUAGUUGAGGAUGCAUUGAAAGAGAGGAAAGGUCCGAUAGACGUGAUGGACAUUUUAUCUCGGACAAAAGAGCGUAAAAGGAGCGAUCUUACCGAAACCAAAGUAAGCAAUGAUGAGAAACAUAGUGGAAGCAUCAAUCCUACAGUUAACAGUACUAAUGAAGGUGAAACAAAGGAUUGUCCAAAACCCAUGUAUGCUCCAUGCAGUGGGAUGAAUGGCCGGGAGGCAAGGACUUGCAUGUACCAGGCUGAAUCCAUUGAUGAAAAGCCACACUAUCACCUAACCAAAGACUUGAAACUGGAAAGCAAUAAUGGAUGUCAUGAGGGCAUACCUAUAAGGGGAAAAGCCAGUAUAGUAGGAAGCAAGCUUCAGACCAGGCAUGAUGGGAGAGAGAAAUCAUCAAGUGAAAGUGAAAACAAAAUGGUGGACCUGACCUUCUUGAGAUCACAUGGUGCAAGGGGAGUUCCCCAGUUCAAGCAGACAAGAGAGCCAGGAGCAGGAAGCUGUGCUAGACUGACAUUGUUUGAUGUGGGAAGCAAGAAGUUUGUAUCUCAUAGUGAUCUCCAUGGCAUCAUUACACCUUCUAUUAUCCACUACCAACCAAACAGCAGAGUAAUAGCCAUUGGCAGUCAUAGCAGAAGAACUCUGUCUCUCUUUUCAUUGAAGGAAUCUUUGUUAAAGAGAUUACCUCAAACAAUUGAGCUUGGCGAGACUGAGAGGCCUGUGGGAGUAUGUUCUAUACCUGACACGAAGGGCAGUAUUCUAGUUGCUGUUACGAAGCCCGUUUCAGAUGAUGGCUCUUUCAGAGGUGUACUUCCAUCUUCAGCUCUGGAGGCAAGGCAUUUAUUUCUGAAGAUAGUGGAUCUUCCUCUUGGACAAUCAAUUAGUACUAAAGAGGUUACUGACAGUAGGUCCUUCCAUCGUGAUGGGGCAACCUCCGCUCCAGGAGAUGAUGAUGACGAUGGUCUCCAAACACUGCUUCUACCUGGAGGAGUGGCAUUCAAUGCAAAUGGAGAAUCAAUGGGGAGGAGGUUGGGAAUUGAAGUUCUAGAAGAGGAUGAGGAACAUGAUGCUGCCUCAGUAGACCCGUUAAUAGGACACACAUUAGAUGUGCAACCACAAUCUAGUCAGAGUGGCUUGUAUCCUACUCCUGAAAAUGCUGCAUAUGUCAAUCUCAGGUUAUUAAACGAUGGACAAGUCUUCCAGAAAUGCUUCCUACUUCAGUCAGGCUUGCUUCCCCUUCAAACCAUUCUAGAUGUCUUCCACCUGUCGCAGGUUGAGAUGCAAGUUGGGCCUCGCUGGAUUGUUCUCACUUCAGACGAUGAGGGGGUAGUUCCACUUAGAUUCAGCGCAGGAUCAUCCUAUGAUAUUCGCGAAGCUACUGUCUAGAACCCUUCAAGAUAAUCUCAUAUUUAUAGCCCCCUUCCAAGAUGAUCUAUAGUCAGCAGCCCCAUCAAACUGCAUUCCUGUCAUCAACAUUUUAUAAUUGUCAGUCAUUUGUGAGGAUUCAAUGUCAUGUACAUGUACAUGUUAAUACAUUAUUAGACUGCAAUGUAAGGUUCUGAUUAAGAUCUAUGAAAUUUACUGGACCCCCUAAUAGGAUAUUCCUAAGCAUUGACCAAACUGUUUAGUUUGUGUCCUUUUCAUAAGGUGAGGGACUGGCUACAAGAAGCUUUUCAAGCCAAUUUAAAAGAUGUUUUUGGACUAAACAGAUUGAUAACUCACAAAUCAUCUCCAGUAGGUUAAAGUGUACCAAUCACCAAUACAUGUUUUGCUCUUGAUGUAAGGGGUUCCAUAUGGCUAUACUGCAAUCAAAAUAUGAGCUUCUAAUAUUACUUCUACCAAGUGAUAUUGCAAUUAUAUACAUUCUCAGUGAACAGUUGAACCUUUGAUGUGUAGACUAGUUAACGCACA